GCUGUGAUUGGAGGAGAGCUGUAGCUCCAAACCUCAACACCACUGAGUUCCGGGCUGAAGUGUUACAAUGCUGCUGAAGGUGUUAAAGGUUGGUGUACAGACGGGCUUGAGGUUCAGCAGUGGUGCAGCUCGAGCAGCCCCUUUAGUGAAGAGUUCUAAUGCUGGGUUUUCCUUUGAUUUGACGGCGCAGCAGAAGGAAUUCCAGGAAGUGGCCCGGAAGUUUGCGCGAGAGGAGAUCGUCCCUGUGGCUCCAGACUAUGACAAGAGCGGUGAAUAUCCAGUUCCUCUGAUCAGGAGGGCAUGGGAGCUCGGUCUGAUGAACACUCACAUCUCAGAGGACUGUGGUGGGCUCGGGUUGUCCAGCUUUGACGCGUGUCUGAUCACGGAGGAGCUGGCGUACGGCUGUACAGGGGUUCAGACCGCCAUCGAGGCCAACUCUCUCGGACAAAUGCCCGUCAUUAUCGCCGGUAACAGUGAGCAGAAGAAAAAAUAUUUGGGCAGACUGACUGAGGAACCGCUGAUGUGUGCGUACUGUGUAACUGAACCUGGUGCAGGCUCUGAUGUCGCAGGAAUAAAGACUCGUGCUGAGAAGAAAGGAGAUGAGUACGUCAUUAACGGCCAGAAGAUGUGGAUCACCAAUGGAGGAAAAGCAAACUGGUAUUUCCUGUUGACUCGUACUAACCCUGACCCUAAAUGCCCGGCCAGUAAAGCUUUCACAGGCUUCAUCGUUGACGCCGACACUCCUGGAAUUCAUCUCGGCAGGAAGGAGAUGAACAUGGGCCAGAGGUGCUCAGACACUCGCGGCAUCACCUUCGAGGACGUCAGAAUCCCGAAAGAGAAUGUGCUAAUCGGAGAGGGGGCGGGGUUUAAAAUCGCCAUGGGAGCCUUCGACAAGACACGCCCUCCUGUCGCUGCAGGAGCGACGGGUCUCGCACAGAGAGCACUGGAUGAAGCAACUAAAUAUUCACUAGAGAGAAAAACCUUUGGUCAGUUUAUCGCCGAGCACCAGGCCGUGUCGUUCAUGCUGGCCGAGAUGGCGAUGAAGGUGGAGCUCGCCCGACUGGCCUAUCAGAGAGCAGCAUGGGAAGUUGACGAGGGCAGGAAGAACACUUACUACGCCUCCAUCGCUAAGGCUUAUGCCGGAGACAUCGCGAAUCAGGUGGCGUCUGACGCCGUGCAGAUAUUUGGAGGAAACGGAUUCAACAGCGAGUAUCCCGUCGAGAAACUGAUGAGAGAUGCCAAGAUCUAUCAGAUUUAUGAAGGCACUGCUCAGAUCCAGAGGCUCAUCAUCUCCCGAGAACAUCUCGGAAAAUACAAACAGUGAAAUUCACCAGUGUGGAGACCUGGAGCUUCUUCUCACAGCAGCAACACUUCAGAAUUUAAACAUUAACGUGUGUUAUUCUGGGCCUUCAUUUUAAACCAUUUAACCAGUGAAUCCUUUAGUGAGUCGUUUAAUAUUCAGUGCGUCUCAUGUUUGUAAAGUGACAUUAACAGAUCAUGAAACUGGGCUGUUCCUGUUCUCUGGAUUUGGAUUCUCAUUGGUUUUAUAUGUUAAUGAUUUGUUCACUUUGUUUCAGGAAUGUUAUAGGAGUAUCAGAUAUCUCACACACACACACACACACACACACACACACACAUGCAUGCACACGCUGGCCUUGCUCAUGAUUGUAUAUUAUGUUUUUUUGUUUUUCUGAACAACUGAAAAAACUGAAAUGGUGUUGAACACAAGGUUUGAGUUGUAAAUCUUUUAACCAGUAUGCCUUUAAAAAAAAAUAAUAAAGAUCAAAGAAAUGUUA